AUUAGUGAUACAUAAUAUUUGUUUACAUGCAUACUAUAUCCGCAACAUUAUAAGUAUUGGCUUGGGUACGCCGCGAAUCUGUCUUGGCAACCAGCCUCACUCACCUGUUAGCUGUCUGACUAGAAUCUCGCGUUUAUUGCAGUAACUUUUCAGUAGCGUUAAUUUUGUAUUUUUAAUAGUGGGUCCAAAAUGUAGUGCUCCCACUGUGUAAGUAUUAAGUUUGUAUAUACAAGCAUGAGCGUAAAUUAUGUAACCCCCCCCCCCAAUAAUCAAAACCGGCUGAUAAAAUCCAUAAUCAUUUCUCCUUCGAAAUAGGUGUUCAACCCAAAUUUACGCCCUUGAAUACAGGGGGGCAUAAUUUGGACGGUUUGUAUAUUACAUAAAAGGUCAAGAUAAUGAUGCAAAGUGCACAGCACAGAUACUGUUUGUUUAGGAAUAGAUAAUAAAUACACUUUUUAUAUGAUCGUUCAGGCUGGCAGACUGUUAUGGGUUAGGGGUGCCUAAGUAUUACUCGCGGGGAUUUUCCGCCCCUAACCCCGACAACGAGUCAUUUUGACCAAAUGGUGGCCAUUGAGAGUAUAACUAAUCUGCCUGGUUCAUAUGCAGCCUGAUAUCUCAGUAGCGGUUGGGUAAAUGCAGGGUUGAAUUUGUAAUUGUAUAUUUGUUAUUUGUUAGCCGGUGGCUCAUUCCUUUAUGACUUAGCUGGGCAGUACCUGUAUGUAUAUUUUCCCGCGUUGCUGUAUUUCUUAGUUGAUUUCUGUUUAAUUACCAAAUAUACACGGCCUUGGCCUGUCGUUUUAAUACGGUAGCCGCAACCCGAUCGUACACGUCGCCUUUCUGGGACACCAGUCCCGAGCCCGUUUCGCCAAUCCCGCCUGCCCUGCCCGGGCUGCUGGACAGAUGAUGGGAUCUGGCCGUAAAUGCCCGGACUGCGGCUCCUCCAACGUGGUGGAGGACGACCUGUACUCGCAGCCCCAGCUGGUGUGCACUGACUGCGGCUCCGUGGUGUCCGAGGGACAGCUCACCACCACCCGCAGUGAAGAGGUUCAAGGGACAAUUGUCCGAUAUAGUCAAAGUACAGCAGUUGACAAGCAGCCUUGCAGGAAUCAAAUUAAAGGCCUGAAGCGUGUCCGCGCACUCUGCCGCAUCCUGCGCCUACCUCCCGUCAUCGAGGAGACGUCAGAGAGCCUGUUCGCUCAGGCCUACGAGAGUACGGACUUCCUGCACGUCAGCCUGCCGAAGAAGGAGACGCUGGCCGGCUGCUGUGUGCUGCUGGGCUGCCGGAUGCAGGGCUGGCCCGUCACCAUGGGAACGGUCACCUCCCUACUGGACACAGACUCCUGCCUCAUGGGGACGGUGUAUAAGAUGGUGGUGAGCACCCUGAAGCUGGAGUCGCCCCACACCAACAUCAUGGACCUGAUGGAGGGCCACUGUCGAGAGUACCAUCUGAGCCCCCCAGGUGUCCCGGAGGAGUUCUGUGAGAGCGCGGACCGGCUGGCCAGCCGUGCCUCGGCGCUGGUAGAGCUGGCAUCGGACACCUGGCUGAUGACUGGUCGCCACCCGGUGCCGGUGAUGGUGGCGUCUGUGUACCUGGCCUGGCUCUCCCUGAAGCCCUCUCCGGCACGCCUGAAGCUCUCCCUGGGCCGCUUCUGCCAGAUGGCCAAGGUGGCGGUGCCAGGGCCGGCCUCCAAGCGCGUGACGGAGCUGAAGGAGGUACUGUGUCGGCUUGGCCAGGAGCUGCCCUGGCAGAAGGGAGCUGUUGUCAGCCCCCAGAAAGUGGCUGCGCUGGUCGGAGACGUCUUGAAGCAUCGGAUCUCAUUGCUGAAGCGGGCAAUUCGCAGCCACGAGGAUGCACUGGCCAUGGACUCGGUCUCUGGCACUGAGGGUCUGGAUGUGGCCAAUACCCCGAGUUCCACGCUACCCCUUUCUCUGUGUACCGAUGGUGUGGCCCCUAUUUGUGAGGAUCUACCGAUUGGCUCCUCCCCCUGUUCUGAAGGACAGCCUGAUUUCCACCAAUCACAGCUCCCUACACCCCAUGCCGAGGGCUGUCAGACGGCGCAGAGUGUGCGCGAUUCAGAGGAUGUGGUCGUCACGGCGACGGGAUCAGCAAAGAACCCAGAAGUGAGAGGGGAACCGGCCCGCGGCUCUGCAGAACACUGGGGCAAGAGGCACCCGUUUGUUCCCCCGUGCGCAAGGAACCCAUCAAAGAAACCCAGGCUGGCGGAGACGGGACCAGAGGUGACAGGAGAUGAGGAGAUUUCGGACAGCGAGAUCGAGGGGUACCUCCGCACACCACUGGAGAUGAGGGAGUUUGCCGAGACCCAGAUGAAGCUGCAGUCUGACAGUUACUGACCUUUCUUCUUAAACAAGGUUCAGGAUCACCUGCAGUCAUGAGUCGUCUGAAACUGGGAGUGUCAGACAGGGUCUGGUCCAUCUUCUCUGCUGGACCCCGUUACGUUUUCCUGCAAUGUGGCCUUGAAAUGGCUACGUUGUUCAGAUGUAUCGAAUCAUAGGGCUAUUUAGCGAGGGACUGUCGAGCGAGAAACCUGGCAGCCCACGGAGAGAACACCUGUUAAAAUCUAAUAUUGUAGCUUUUUGCAUUUUGGAACUCUUGUCAGAUGUGUGGAUAUACCUCAUUACUUCCAGGAGUGUGUUUUUCACAUUAUCCUUUGAACAAAGAAUAGAGUUUGCAUCAUUUGGAUGAUUCAAACGUGUUCAUGUUUUCUUUACUCAAGAAGACUAGAUAUUGGAACUAUUACUUGCUGCCCUUUUUUCUUUUUAAAUUAAAUCCUUAAAAUU